AUGUUACAAGUCCUUCGCUGUUUCGAAACCAUUGGGAGUGAGGAUAGUGAACAUGAAUUAGGAUUAAAACUGUAUCAAAGCUUAUUCAAUCGACGAUAUCUGAUUGUGAUGGAUGACAUUUGGGAUACAGACGUGUGGGAUGGGGUGAACCACUUCUUUCCAGAUAACAACAACGGGAGCAGAGUACUAAUAACCACUAGGCCAUCAAAUGUGGCUUUGCAACUGGACGGCCAAGACUACGUUCAGAUGAGGUUUCUGAAGGUGGAAGAAAGUUGGAAUUUGUUGCGUGGGUGCGUGUUUCAGGAACAAGGGUGCCCUCCAGAAUUGGAAGAGAUUGGGAAGGAGAUUGCCAGGAAAUGCGGAGGCCUUCCAUUGUCAAUUGUCGUGAUCGGAGGACUCCUAGCAAAGUCUGAAAAGACACGGAAAAACUGGCAACAUGUUUUAGAAAAUUUAACCUCGAUCGUGAAUUUAGAGGAGGACGAGCGUUGCUUUAGAAUAUUGCAGUUGAGCUACAAUCAACUUCCGGUCCACCUGAAGCCGUGUUUUCUCUACAUGGGUAUGUUCCCAGAGGACCAUGAGAUUCGCGUCCCCACGCUCCUCAAACUAUGGGUUGAUGAAGGAUUAGUGAAACCGGUGGCGGGUAAAAGCUUGGAAACAAUUGCGAGAGAAGUGUACCUAAAUGGUCUCGUCAUCAGAAACCUAAUCUUGUUUCAUUCCAUGGGAAACAGGGAAUUCACUUCCAUAUAUAAUUGUGUUGCGUAA